ACCAGCCCCGGUUCCAGCAGGACGCCAGCAGCAGCCCCACGGCGGGGACCUCACAGCAGACGCAGCCUCCCCCCACCCAGACGGUGGUGCCAUGGGUUUCGGGCCGGAGCUGUGGUGCCCGCAGGGGCACAGCGCACUGCUGCGGCUGCAGGACGGGGAGCUGCGUCUCCUGGAGCUGAUGAAGAAGUGGAUGUCGCAGCGUGCCAAGAGCGACCGGGAGUACGCAGGGAUGCUGCACCACAUGUUCUCCCAGCUGGAGAAGCAGGAGGGCACUGGGCAGCUCCGUGGUGACCAUGGUGGCCAGAUGGAGAAGACCUGGUGGGUGCUGGCGAGCCGGACAGAGACGCUGAGCCAGAUCCUGCGGCAGCACGCAGAGGAGCUGGUGGCAGGGCCGCUGGCCAAGCUGAGCCUGCUCAUCCGCGACAAGCAGCAGCUGCGCAAGGCCUUCAGUGAGCAGUGGCAGGUGGUCAGCCAGGAGUACACCCGGACGACACAGCAGGAGAUGGAGAAGCUGAAGGCGCAGUACCGCAGCCUGGCACGUGACAGCGCCCAGGCCAAACGCAAGUACCAGGAGGCCAGCAAAGACAAAGAGCGGGACAAAGCAAAGGAGAAGUAUGUCCGCAGCCUCUGGAAGCUCUAUGCCCUGCACAACCAAUAUGUGCUGGCCGUGCAGGCAGCUGCGCUGCACCACCAGCACUACUACCAGCGGGUGCUGCCCAGCCUGCACCAGUCCCUCUACAACCUGCAGCAGGAGAUGGUCCUCAUCCUAAAGGAGAUCCUUGGGGAGUACUGCAGCAUCAGCAGCCUGGUACAGGAGGACGUUCUUGCCAUUCACCAUGAGAUUGCCGGUGCCAUCGAGGCCAUCAACCCUGCCACUGAGUACAGCGGCUUCAUCCAGAGCCACCAGUAUGACUCCGAGGUGCCACCAACUGUGUCCUUUGAUGAGAGCCUGCUGGAGGAGACAGAGAGCCUGGCACCAGGGGAACUGCAGCUGAAUGAGCUGACCCUUGAGAGUGUCCAGCACUGCCUGACGUCGGUCGAGGAGGAGCUGGCGGCUGCCACGGAGGCUGUAAGCAGCAAGGAACAGCAGGUGUGGGAGCUGAAGGCAGAGAUCCAUGAAGAGGAGCAGGGCUGGAGCCCUGGGAAGCGGGUGCACUUGCUGAGCAGGCGGCAGGGGCUGCUUGAGGCGCAGCAGCAGCUCGAGGGCUGCCUCUGCACCCAGGCCAAGCUGCAGGCACAGCGGGACAUGCUGGCAGGGAAGCUGGCAGAGCUGGGGGCCAGGGAGCCCCUGCCCGCCCUGCCUGUGCCAGAGGACCGGCAGUCUGUCUCCUCCACGGAGCAGGAGCGAAGUGGGGCCAGUGCUCUAGAGACCCUCAAGAACCACAUCACGGGUAUCUUCAGCCCCAAGUACUCGCUGCCCCCCCCCAUGCCCCUGAUCCCGGAGGUGCAGAAGCCGCUGUGCCAGCAGGUCUGGUAUCAUGGGGCCAUCCCACGCUCGGAGGUGCAGGAGCUGCUGAUCUGCAGUGGGGACUUCCUGGUGCGGGAGAGCCAGGGCAAGCAGGAGUAUGUGCUCAGCGUGCUGUGGGACGGGCAGCCCCGGCAUUUCAUCAUCCAGGCUGCCGAUAACAUGUUCCGACUGGAGGGGGACAGUUUCCCCACCAUCCCGCUGCUCAUCCAACACCUCCUGCAGAGCCAGCAGCCCAUCACCCGCAAGAGUGGCAUCGUCCUGGCCAGGGCUGUACCCAAGGACAAAUGGGUGCUCAACCACGAAGAUGUGUUGCUGGGGGAGCGCAUUGGCCGGGGUAACUUUGGGGAGGUGUUCAGUGGCCGCCUGCGUGCUGACAACACCGCUGUGGCUGUGAAAUCCUGCCGGGAAAACCUCCCGCCUGAGCUCAAGGCCAAGUUCCUUCAGGAAGCCAGGAUCCUCAAGCAGUACAGGCACCCGAACAUCGUGCGGCUCAUUGGUGUCUGCACACAGAAACAGCCCAUUUACAUUGUCAUGGAGCUGGUGCAGGGGGGGGACUUCCUGAGCUUCCUGCGCAGCGAAGGGCCCCACCUCCGGGUGAAGGAGCUGGUCAGGAUGACAGAGAAUGCUGCUGCUGGCAUGGAGUACCUGGAGAGCAAGCACUGCAUCCACAGGGACCUGGCUGCUCGCAACUGCCUGGUGACGGAGAGGAACACCCUGAAGAUCAGUGAUUUUGGGAUGUCACGGGAGGAGGAGGAUGGCAUCUAUGCCUCCACAGGGGGGAUGAAGCAGAUCCCUGUCAAGUGGACGGCCCCUGAAGCACUCAAUUAUGGCCGAUACAGCUCGGAGAGCGAUGUCUGGAGCUUUGGGAUCCUGUUGUGGGAAGCCUUCAGCCUGGGCGCCAUCCCCUAUGCCAACCUCAGCAACCAGCAGACACGGGAGGCAGUGGAGCAGGGUGUGCGGCUGGACCGCCCUGAGCAGUGCCCUGAGGAGGUGUACCAGCUGAUGCAGCGCUGCUGGGAGUAUGACCCCCACAAGCGGCCCAGCUUCAGCACCAUCCACCAGGACCUCAUUGCCAUCCGCAAGAGGCACCGUUGAUGGGGGCACCAGGGGCCCUGGAUCAAUCCCGCAGCAGUGUCCCUCCCUUGGGCAGUGACAGAGCCCCUGGAUCCAUCCCAUGGCAGUGCCUGGGGGCACAGCAGAACCCUGCCUGGACAGCAUGUGCUGUGGUGCAGCUGUGGGUGCCUGUGCCCCUUUCCUUUUCCAGAGGCUCCCGCGUGCCCUGGGUGGAGGUCACAGCACACGCAGCUCCUGCCCGGCUUCA